ACACCUCACGACCGGAGCACAACAACCACCCUUAGGAAUUUCCCAGACAACUUCCUACGUGCAACGAUGGCCCCCAAGAAGAACAAGAGAACCGCCGACUCCAUCAACUCGCGCCUUGCGCUUGUGAUGAAGUCCGGUAAGGUCACCCUCGGCUACAAGUCCACCCUCAAGAGCCUCCGCACUGGCAAGGCCAAGCUCGUCAUCAUUGCCGGCAACACUCCUCCUCUGAGGAAAUCUGAGCUCGAGUACUACGCUAUGCUUUCCAAGACCUCUGUCCACCACUUCUCCGGAAACAACAUUGAGCUUGGAACUGCUUGCGGAAAGCUCUUCCGUUGCUCCGUCAUGUCCAUCCUUGACGCUGGUGACUCUGACAUCCUGAGCACCAACACCGAGAACUAGAGUGGGACUGCACGUGGGAAAAAAAUCAGUUAGACAUGAUACCUAGGGUGUGGCGUAUGCUCGACCCUUGAUGAUAUCCAAUGAAUGACAAAAGAUUCAUGAG